CGUCAAAGGUAGCAAUCACGGCAGGGUGUCAGACUAGGAUACUAGGAUGAUCUCGGCUCACUCAUAGAUCGCAAUUUCCUAAGGAAGCAAAAGCAGAAAGAUGACGAAGAGAAGUCCGCGGUGUCGCCAGCCAGGCUCACAUUCACGCCCUCGACAGGUCGCUGAUCUGUUUCAAUACAGUCCCUUCAUUCAGGAGCGCCUGAAGCGAUCUCCAAUUCCAGGCGAUGGCCACUCUCGCCUCUCCUCUACCGCCGGGGGUCUCCCCUCCACUGACCGAGGAAAAUGAGCACAAUCAUAACGGGCUCAUUGUCAUCAUCACCUCUCUGGGUCUGUUUCUCGCCUUGGCCUCCCUUGGAAUCCGCAUUUUUGCAUCCUCCAAGCGAAGCAUUCUGUUACGAGAUGAUUAUCUUCUUUUUGUAGUUGUGGCAUGUGCCUGCACACAAGUCUCUCUGGUGCUGGUCCAAGUGCACUUUGGGUGGGGAAAGUCCGAGGAGUUGAUUCUCUCUGCGGACUACCCCCAGAUGGUAAAGGUUGGCUACGUAGCAGACCUGUUGUAUAUGCUAAUCUUGGGGCUAUCCAAGAUCUGUACCAUGUUGUUCUAUCAGAAUCUCUUCCUACCUCGGACGAGAUGGAUGAUCAAGUUCAUUCUUAUGGCGUGUGCGCUCUGGACGCUUGCCGCAAUGCUUUUGCUAGCGCUUCGAUGCAGUAGCGAUCCGUGGGUUGACAUAAACCACGAAUGCCAGGGUCUCCUUCCACGUUGGCGGGCAAUCAGCGCUAUUGAUAUCAUCCUCGAAGCGUUGAUCUUAUCGUACCCCGUGGUGAUCAUCCUGAACGUCCAAAUCCCUCAAAAGAAGAAGAUCACGGUCCUUGGGAUUCUCAGCUGUCGCAUCAUUCUGAUACCGCUCUCCGCCAUUCACCUAUACUACAUCCAAAAACAGAUUCAAUCUUCCAACCCCACUCUACUCGGAGCCUACGCUACCACUACUGCUGAGCUUCAUCUAAGCCUCAGUAUUGUACUAUUGACAGUAUCGUCCCUCAAGCUGUUUGUCGCAGUGUACGAAGACGACCAGGGCUUUGCUUAUACGGAAGACAUCUCCGGCUCCCAUAGUAAUAGCGGACCCACGGUGCCGACGGCGUGGCGGAUCUCACGUCACGUAAAGGACCCGAGCCUCCUGAGGGGGAGUGGUACAGAGCACGAGCCAAUCCUGCAGGGUACAUCGGCUUCGGCUUCAUCAUCCAGGACGCCAUGUCUACUUAAGCGAACCAAUGCCAUCCUGAAAAGCGUUCAGGUUUCCGUGACAAGGGAGAGUAUCGAGUUGGAAGACAGAGGGAGACCAGCUGUGUAAGAGCGGUGAUGUACACAGAUUCCUGGCACAUGAAUUCU